UCAAGUGUCUCAUCGCUUCCUCCCCGUCACCAUCAUGUGAAAAAAAAAAAAAAAAAGGGUUUGCUCUUCCUCCCGGAUCCUCCCCUCCCGCUUCGCCCUUUCCGUCAGCGCGGACGUGCUCGCCUGUCUCUCCAGGGGGGGUGUGGUGUCCCUGCCGCCGACUAACCCAGCCCGCAGGCUCGGCGUGAGGCUGAGCAGAGGAUGAGUGAGCAGGGGAAGAGCUCGGCAUCCGCCUCCGCCGCGGCCCCGCCGCCAGGCUCGGAUACUUACAAAGGUUGGCUUUUUAAAUGGACCAACUACCUGAAAGGCUACCAGCGGCGAUGGUUCGUCCUCAGCAACGGCCUACUGUCUUAUUACAGGACACAGGCGGAGAUGGCACACACAUGUCGUGGGACCAUCAACCUAGCCACUGCUCACAUCGACACAGAGGACGCCUGCAACGUUGUACUGAGCAGCGGCGGCCGCACAUACCACCUGAAAGCUUGCACCGAAGUGGAGCGGCAGCGGUGGGUCACGGCGCUGGAGUUAGCCAAAGCUAAAGCCAUCCGUAUGACACCCAACCUGUCUGAUGAAUCGGAAGACGAGGUGCCGGCAUCUAAGUCCAACCGCAACGAGAUUCAGGGAACUUUAAAGAUUCUUGUGAGCAAGCUCGAUGACCUCAGCACUUGUAACGACCUGAUUGCCAAGCACGGGGCAGCCUUGCAACGCUCCCUCAGCGAACUUGAGGGCCUAAAAGUCCCUGUGGAGGGAGGGGAGAAGAUCAAGGCAGUCAACGAGAGAGCCACCCUUUUUCGCAUCACUUCCAAUGCUAUGAUCAAUGCCUGUCGAAAUUUCUUAGAGCUGGCUGAAAGUCACAGUAAGAAGUGGCAGCGGGCGCUGCAAUAUGAGCGAGAGCAGCGCACCCACCUGGAGGAGACUAUUGAGCAGCUAGCCAAGCAGCACAACAGUCUGGAGCGAGCGUGGAGAGAGGCACCUGCACUUGCAUCCAGCACAACACGGGCCCCUACCAACAAAAAAGGGAGUGAGAGGCCGCUCAAGGAUGAUGCAAGUGAUGAAGAUGAGGAGUACUUUGACGCCAUGGAGGAUUCCCCUGCAUUUAUCACAGUGACCACCACUGACAACACACAGCGCAGGCAAUCUCAGAGCAGUUUAAGCGGAGCAAGCGGAGGGAAUGCCAAUGACUGGAACCAGCAUGACCAUAUGUCCCCAAGCUGUAACGAUGUGUCAGGGAAGGAGCUGCAGCCGCGCCGACAGCGGCGGACUCGUGUCCCUGACAAGCCUAAUUACUCCCUCAAUUUGUGGAGUAUCAUGAAGAACUGCAUUGGAAAGGAGCUUUCCAAAAUCCCCAUGCCUGUGAACUUCAAUGAGCCUCUGUCGAUGCUGCAACGUCUCACAGAAGACUUGGAGUAUCACGAGCUUUUGGAUAAGGCGGCACGCUGUGAAUCCUCGCUGGAGCAGAUGUGUCUGGUUGCUGCCUUUUCCGUCUCUUCCUACUCCACUACUGUCCACCGGACAGCCAAACCGUUCAACCCACUACUGGGUGAGACCUAUGAGCUUGAUCGCCUCGAAGAGUUUGGCUACCGCUCACUGUGUGAGCAGGUGAGCCAUCACCCCCCUGCAGCAGCACAUCAUGUGAUUUCCCAACGAGGCUGGACCUUAUGGCAGGAAAUUACGAUUGCCAGCAAGUUUCGUGGCAAAUACCUCUCCAUAAUGCCAUUAGGUUCCAUUCACCUGAAGUUCCACUCCAGUGGCAACCACUAUGUGUGGAGAAAAGUCACGUCCACUGUGCACAACAUCAUUGUGGGCAAGCUGUGGAUUGACCAGUCAGGGGACAUUGAGAUUGUGAAUCACAAGACCAAAGAGACCUGCACACUCAAAUUCUCCCCCUACAGUUAUUUCUCCAGGGAUGUUCCUCGGAAGGUCACAGGUGUGGUGACUGAUAAUGGUGACAAGGCUCAUUACAUUCUGUCGGGUACAUGGGAUGAGAAAAUUGAGAGUGCCAAGAUCAUUCAGAGCAGCCGAGGUGGCAGCGGAUCAGAGGGCAAGCAGAAAACCAUCUAUCAGACCUUGUCCCCCAAACUACUAUGGAAGAAGUAUCCUCUACCGGAGAAUGCGGAGAACAUGUACCACUUCUCAGCGCUGGCACUGACUCUGAACGAGCCGGACGAUGCAGUGGGUCUGACCGACAGCCGUCUGAGACCAGACCAGAGGCUAAUGGAAGAAGGACGGUGGGAUGAAGCAAACUCUGAAAAACAAAGAUUAGAAGAGAAACAAAGAGCUGUGAGAAGAAAGAGAGAAGCGGAGGCCUCAGAUGCUCUGGAUGAAGAAUGUGAUAAUGACUCUGGAAAAGAAUAUGAAGGCUACCAUCCACUGUGGUUUCACCAGAGGAGAGACUCCAUUACUGGAGAGACACACUUUGCAUACAAAGGGGGUUACUGGGAGGCUAAGGAGAGACAGGACUGGACCGUUUGUCCUGAUAUAUUCUAACACCGGACGCUUCCCCGCAGCAAGACUACAGGAAACUAAGGAGCUGCUCCACAUGUGCUCCUUCAGCAGUGAGGUGUAGCACGCUCGGUAGAGCUUUGUGAAUGUGACACACUCGUAAUUCUUUGUACCUCCAAAUGUUCCCUCUCACUGCUUUACAGAUGGAGAAUAUGAUGGAAUGUCCCCAGUCCCACUAUGUGUGUGAUGCUCUCAGAGGUGUAACGCCACACUAUAAAGGCACCAAAUGAGCUGCUAUGUCAAUGCACUUUCCUAUGUCGCACCCAGCAGUUUUAACCAUUCAACCAUACUGAAGCAGGCUAUGUAAAAAGACCACCAUGCUGAAAACACAUUAGUCUUCAAAUGAGUCCUCAGGUUAUUGCGAGCCUCUUUUAUAAAGCCUAAAUUUGUCUUCAGGCACAAUUUUAACUUCUAAUGAUUCGCACAUUUAGUUGCAUUAAAAUAUGGUUGAUAUUCUUCAGUCAACACGACAGGAAUUAUUAAUAUUCAGAUUUAGGAACUUGAGUUAUAUUUUCAAAGCCUCAGAUAAAGGGGGUUGUUAUUAAUUAUAGAUUCAUCAUGCCACCAUUCAUCAACAACCACUUAGUUUUAAUGAUAAAUGAUUACAAAUGCUUGUGAAGGAAGGAAUAUAAAAUGCACAACUCUGGUCAAUGUGCCAAAUAAUAAACAGAAAAACAAGACCAUUUACCUUAUUUGGCGCUACAAGAUAAAAAAUUAUACCACACUUUGAGACUUUUCCGUUUUCUUUCCGUUAUUCAACCUUUAGCUGAAUUUAAUGCAAAUAGUUCCUGCUUUUGUGUUAAUAUACUGUUUAGCCCAUUCAUUUAUGAAAAUAAUAUGGCCUAACCUGUCUUCCAAAUUCCAACCAAACUGGCAAACUAUUUGCGUGCAGGCAAUGAUAAAUGUGUCAUGUUUCUGGAAAAUAGGUGUGAAUGUAAUGUAGUGCUAUUAGUUUAAACUUCUUUCAAAUACGUUAAAUCAAAGUCUCCCGUUGAAAUAAAUUGAAAUAAAUUUAAUUGGUGCUUGGCUCCGCCCAAAACAGGCACGAUUUUAAUAUGUAACAUGCCUUUUUAAAAGAAAAACAAACUUUUAGAUGAGGACAUUUGUAUAAAAACAAUACAAUAGAAUAUACUACUACCAACUACUGUAAUUUUAUGAAGUAAUGUAAUAAUAAUGUACAGCAUUUGGAGAGUGAACUUCCUUGGUAUCUCCUUCCAGUUGCUUCUCCGUUAAACACACCAUCAGCAACUUUCCAUAUUUUCAUGAUAAAUGUCCGUUGUUUAGAUACUAUUUUAACAUUCUUGGCUAACAUUCUGCUUCAGUAUGGUGUAGACUAGCAGUGAUACGCUCGAAUUCCUUUGCCAAUUUGGCGACACGCUCGGUCAUGUUAGUUGAGAUUUCUUUCUUUAAAAUUCAAUAAAUAUCAUACCCUUCUUCACAGUCACUUUGUUCCUUCCCAUGGCUAAAAACAUGUUUUGUCCAUCUCUAGCUAUCAGCUAAUGCUAGCGAGUAAGACCAGAUGUUUCUGGGCGGAUCUUUUGGGGUUCACUGUGAUAUUUGCCACGCCAACUAAUGGCGAGGAUGUAACUCAAAUUUGUGCUUGCAACUUAAAGCGUAACACUCUUAAGUUGAGGUAUAACUGUAAAUGUCUGAGCUGACUGUUUUCAAUGAUGUGUAGUACUUCGCACCUGCUCCUCAGCCUCUCUCUGUUUCUAGUUAAUAGUUCAGGUGUUUCCAGUGGCACUGUGUGAGACUGGAGUCUCGGUUGACAGGUUCUAGGUGAAACGGCGGAUAGGGCUGGUCCCUGUGGCGCACCACUGAACAGAGCCCUUUGCUCCAGGCUCACCACAGUGCUCACGAGGUCUGCAGUGUUUGUACAAUGAUUUGGGAUCAGGUACCUUCUUCCGUCUUUUUGCCUUUAAUUGACUGGUCUGUGUGCACUACAUUGACAAGCUUUGAGAAAACAGUCAAUAGUAUUUUUCUGUUUUCAUUUUGUAGGAAUGUAGAAAUCAAGGCUGGAGGUACUGUAUGUUCCGUCUGGUCUUGUUUGUGUGAAUAUUUUGUGAUAAGAGAAAUUUACUGUAAAAAUACGAUAAUUAAGUCUGUACAGCAUAGUUGAAACAUGGUCACAAAUGAACUGAUUGGGCCAUUCAUGUUUUAUAGUUCUAAAUAGUUUUAACAGAGAAAAAGAGUGUUUUCUAAAACCCUUGAUGCAGGCACAGAGGCUUGUUCUACUGAUUUAAAGACAAAAAAUACACUAGCUAAGAAAAAUCAUACACAAUACCACUCUGCUAAGUAUGCGUCUAAUAGCGCUCUGUUUUCAGCAGUGGCAAUUGUCAAUUAAUCAACUAUGUAUUAAUUAUUUGCACAACAGAUACACCUCCUCUCCAUUUCUAUACAGUCGUCCCUCGCCACAUAUUGCAGCUUCACCACAUCACAGAUAUUUUUUAAUUUUUUCCUAACGAUAUACUACGUCAUUUUGGUCUUAAUUAAGCAUUUUCAAGCAUAGUAAUGGCUAAACAAACUAAAAACUCUCAAUACUACAUUAGUAUUGGCCACUAGAAGAGCUCAAACCAAUAUAGGCGGGAUGUUCAGUAUCAUGGUCUUUGAUUGGCCCAGCCUCAGGCAGCAUUACUAUGUUGGAUUAAAACAAUGUAAAGGUGAUUAAAGGGUGUUAUUCUGUGUCUAGAGGACUGUCAUAAUGUAAGAAAUGUAUUUACCGUAUUUUUCGGACUAUAAGUCGCAGUUUUUUUCAUAGUUUGGGCUCCAGUGUGACUUAUAUAUGUUUUUUUCCUUCUUUAUUAUGCAUUUCCGGCAGGUGCGACUUAUACUCCGGUGCGACUUAUACUCCGAAAAAUACGAAAGAAGGUCAAACAUUUUUUUAUAGCCAUGAAAAUAUUUGAUUUAUAAUUAAUGAAUCCUACUUCGCGGAGAUUCAUUUAUCGCGACACAAUUAGCAGCGAUAAACGAGGGACGGCUGUAAUCAAUCAAAACAACCAUCAUCCAGUUCAGCAUUCACAUACAUCUAUGUCGUUUUGGGGAGUACACGUUUACCCACAUUUACAGCGAAAAUGGUAAAACUUGUCAAGCAAUUAUUACUAAAGUUGUUUGAUGUCAAUGUUUGAUGAACAAAACGAAUAAACAAAGUGAGGCAGUAGUUGAUAUUGCCUCAAUGGAUCAAGUUAUUUUUCACUUGUUGACUUGAAUGAAUUGAACUUUUCCAAGUCUUUAUGCUGCGCUAACAUUUCUGACUGUAGCUUUAAAAGUAACUUUAGAAGAUACCUUUUAAUUAUUACUGUAUAUUUCUGCUGCUUGUUUGUUUGUAUCACUCAUGUCCACAUAGUCCAAUAAGGCCUUUAGUCAUUUCAUGGCUUCAAAGGGUCGCUAUGGUUGCAGCAGAAACCGUUAUUUUGAAGCGUUCUUCAAUUAUGACUGAGUUUUGAAUGAGCUGAUCAUAUCCAUGUAGUCGAUUGAUUAACAAAAAAAAAUGUUGGUGUCGUUUCCUGUACAGUAUCACAUAGCUGUAGCAAUAACACAUUUAGAAGUGGAGAUGCCGCUCAGUGUUCAGGCUUGUGCAGAAAGGGAAAAGCAACCAAAGUGUGCGUACAGUAUAUGUGAAUAAUGUACUGUUCAUUACCUUUUCAUCAUGGCUUCCUGUUUUUAGAAGGUUUCUGCACACUUCUCACCUGACUUGCAGUGUGGUUUCAGCUUUAUUUUUUAUGCUCUUAUUUUCUACCUUCUCAUGGGUGCCAUUAUUCUAAUGAUUGCUUAUUUAUAUAUGAUGUGAUCCAGUUGAAUGCGCACAUUCUUAGUUCAGAGGCAGCAGUAAAGCGUGUGAAAGAAGAGUUUUCUUGCCUUGUCUGAACUGAAUCCUGCUGGGACUGUGACUCAUACUUUAGUUAUAAGGUAUAGGUCUGCUUUUUACUGAUCUGUAGAGGGAUGAAAGUUAACAAUUCUAAACAGCAGCCUGCUGCAAAAAGUCAACGGUUAUUGAUGCCUUGACUAUUAUACACAUAAUAGUGUAUCCACUUGUAAAUCACCAUGUUAAAGUUUGUUCUUUUUUCAUGAAUUGUGUAUUUUUUAUUUUCCCCAUUUCAAUCCAUAACAUUGUCUGAUAACAACCAAGACACAACAAUUGAAAUUAAAAUAAAGAUGUUGACACUUGA